GGUGGAUCCCGUACUGUGGAGGGCGAGGUGACCUUGGCACCGCCGCGACCAUGGGCCGCGAGUUUGUGCACCUGACGCAGAUGCGGCAUGUGAUCACCUACAGCCUGUCGCCCUUCAAGCAGCGCGCCUUCCCGAACUACUUCAGCAAGGGCAUCCCCGACGUGCUGCGCCGCACUCGGGCGUGCAUCCUUCACAUUGCGCCACCGUUUGUAGCGUUUUACCUUGUCUACACGUGGGGAACCCAAGAGUUUGAGAGAUCCAAAAGGGAGAAUCCAGCUACCUAUGAAAAUGACAAAUGA